AUGCGUGAGAUUGGCAACCAAGUCGGCUCCAGUUUCUGGCAAACCGUCUCUGGGGAGCAUGGCGUUGACGGUAGCGGCUCAUACACCGGAACCGACGACCAGCAGCGAGAGCGCAUCGACGCCACAAAGGAUAAGUACGUGCCCCGCGCGGUCCUUGUGGAUCUUGAGCCCGGUCCUCAGGAUGCCAUCCGCGCCGGUCCCCUAGGCCAGCUCUUCCGCCCCGACAACUUCGUCGCCGGAAAUGCUAGCGCCGGUAACAACUGGGCCAAGGGUCAUUACACCGAAGGUGCUGAGCUCGUUGAGGAGGCCAUCGAUGUUGUACGACAUGAAGUCGAGAACUGUGAACAUCUCCAGGGUUUCCAGCUCACUCACUCUCUGGGCGGUGGUACCGGUUCCGGUAUGGGAACGCUUCUUCUGUCGAAAAUCCGUGAGGAGUUUCCCGAUCGUAUGAUGGCUACUUUUUCCGUUAUGCCCUCGCCCAAGGUUUCUGAUACCGUUGUCGAACCUUACAACGCCACUUUGUCAUUGAACCAGCUUGUCGAAAACUCCGAUGAGACCUUCUGUAUCGAUAACGAGGCUUUGUACGACAUUUACGAGAAGACCUUGAAGAUCGCUAAUCCUUCUUACGCCGAUCUUAACUACCUGAUCUCGACAGUUAUGGCCGGCGUGACAACAUGUUUCCGAUUCCCCGGUCAGCUCAACUCUGAUCUGCGCAAGUUGGCUGUCAACAUGAUUCCGUUCCCUCGACUUCACUUUUUCAUGGUUGGAUUUGCGCCUUUGACCGGUCGCAAGAUGCAGGGCUUCCAACAUCUUACCGUGCCCAGCCUUGCUCAGCAGAUUUUCGACAACAAGAACGUUAUGGCUGCUGCUGAUUUCCGUAACGGUCGAUACCUCACUUGUUCCGCGAUUUUCCGCGGAAAGCUAUCGACAAAGGAGAUCGAAGACCAGAUGCUCAAGGUGCAAACCAAGAACUCACAGUAUUUCGUCGACUGGAUCCCCAACAACGUGCAAACCUCGGUCUGCUCCGUUCCCCCCAGAGGUCUCCCCAUGGCCGCCACAUUCGUCGGAAACUCCACCGCCAUCCAGGAGAUCUUCAAGCGCGUCGACGACCAAUUCUCCGCCAUGUUCCGUCGCAAGGCUUUCUUGCAUUGGUACACCAGCGAGGGUAUGGACGAAAUGGAAUUCACCGAGGCCCAGUCCAACUUGCACGACUUGGUCAGCGAAUAUCAGCAGUACCAGGAUGCUGAGAUUGACGACGAGGUUGAGGAGUACGAGGGUGAGGGUGAGCCUGAGGAGUACGAGGGCUAG